CGUCUCUACGUUCAGGAUGUUCCUACUGAAGAAGAGGAAUCUAGGCGUCCCCCUUUCUGUUUGCUGGAUACCACCACGACAGCAAUCUAAAAACUACUGACCGAUAAGACAUCAGUCAUGGAUGCUGAGCCCAACUAUCGCAGAACAAAACCAGGUAUUAGGUCUCACAAUCCUAAUACAAACGGAGCUGCUGGACCCGCAUCACAGAUUCCGGGUUUGUCCUCAACUGCAGAUGAAACACCUGAAGAAAAAACGAAAGGAGGACGACGUGUAGGACUUCAGGCCUCUGACUCGGAUUAUGUUAGAUUGGCAAAACAAGGGGGACAAAAAGGUUUGCUGUGGCAUGAAGAUCCUGUUGAAAAUCCAGAUAGUUCCUACACACCCUCUAACUUUCUCUGUGAUACUCUAGAUGGUCAAGAUAGCAGGAGUAAAGCAGCUACCCCUGAUGGAGAACGCAAGCAUCAGUCUAAAGGGGCCGCAAAGCCACUGGAGGCCCCAUUUGGAACUGAUAACUGUUCUGCAUGGGACAGGGAGACUGAUAAGGGGAUCAACAAUGCUACAUCAGGCAUGGAGAAAGUCUCCCUAAGCCAAAAAGAUAUCGAGGAGACCAACAGGUUCAAAAAAACGUCCCAUGAUAAGAAGUCCGCAGCUCCGGUGAGCAUGUCCAAACUGUUAAGCUUUGGUUACGUCGAGGAGGAGAAGAAAUCUCCCAAUGAUGAUGAUACUUCAAGCCUGGCCUCUGAGCAGACCAGCACCAUUGCACCAGAAGACGAGUUAGAAUAGAUGUUGUCCCCCUAAAUCCUUCUUCAAAAAUUGUUCUUCUCAAGUGUCCACAUAUGCUCUUUUACAUCAACACCUUACUCCGCUUUAACCGAGACCAGCUUUUAGUCGUCUGAUAAACAUUGCUGUCAUCAUUCUGCAUCUUUAACUAAACUACAAGUGUGUGUUUGCUCACAUAUCUAUGGUGCUCGUGAACUGAAAAACUAUACCCCUAUAAAGAAGUAAUAUUGUGUCACUACUUACAAACUGAAGGGUGUGUGCAACAUAAACUAAACUGUAUAUGCAUUGAACGUUUAUGCCAAGGUGAUGUUAAAUUUUCUUAAUUUCUUAAUAUGAGUUGUUUCUAACGCUAUUUAUUUUAGCAGUGCGGUAAAACUUUAGAAAAUCUUGAGAUGGCACAGUUGAUCCAGUUAUCACACGUAGACAGACAGGAUGUAUUUACGCUACGUUAAACUACCGUUUCCCAUCGCAUCGCUAUGAAGAAACUUUUAAGCACCUUUAUUUUUAAGUGUGUGCAUUAAUUGACCAUGAAAUAAGGUGAUGCCCUUAUUAAGGAUAUAAGAACAUGAAGGGGAUUCAGGAAGUUUGCAUUUGUGAAUGUCUGUUUUGUUGAUAGAGUUGAUGUGAUAGGACAGUAAAUAAUAAUCUCGGAUUAUGUUGUUUUUGUGUUUUAUGCUGCGUAAUUACUUUAGGUUCACAAAAGAUGUUUACACUUGCUGUAAGUUAACGUCUACAAGUGAAAAAUUAAUAAAAUCGCAUGUGCAUGAAACAUUU